CGGGGGUGACAGAUGGAAAGCGCUCUGUCCUUCUGAAAUCUUGGUAGCAGAGACGGGUCAGGCUCUGACUCUGAGGCUCCAGCUCCAAUGGCAAGAGUGCCAAAGUUUUCGGAGAAUGCGAGCACACAGGUGACAGCUAGCUAUACAGGUAGGAAAGUGUUGCCAUUCUUUCACCUACUAAGUCGUUUGAAUCUGAUUCUUCAGCACGCGGGGUUGCAGGGGACGCUGUUCUCAAUCAUAGAGAUAGUAAACCUCCUCCUGAGUUGGCUGCGAGCUAGCUGCCAAUUGAGUCCAUAGGGGAGCAGGCAGCGACGUCUGGAGCAGAUAUUUCGAAGCAGCAAGUCUGUUUGCAGAUUGCAGCUCAAAACGUAUGAGUCGACCAUACCAAAGGAAGGGCGGGCGUCAGCCUUUGAAAUUGGCGGAGCGUUGAGAAAGGGACUCAUUGACAGUGCCAGAAUGAUGAAUCUGUUGCUUGGUCUGUCUAAUGCAGACCGUGGUUCAGAGUCAUUGGGGAAAGGGGCCUCUACAAAGAUGGCUGCCCUUUUGACAAUCUUUUGUUUGGCAAGCGCUUUCACGGGGGCACUGGGAAGCAGGGAGCUAUUGCAAACAGACGGCAACGCUCCUUCCCCACAGCCAGCCCCCCCUCAGAACGGAAUCACCUUCAUGGUCUACUUCACGAGCGCCGUUGUCAACGUCACCGACCCCCUACUUGCGGGCAGCGGCAGCAUCAUUCUCACCCUGGGGGAUAGUCCGCAGGCAGAGAACAACAUGACGACAGCGCUCAGUUACCGAGAGCUGACCUUCUAUCCAGGGGGUGCGGUGCCUCUCUUCUCGGGGAAGCACGUGCACACCAGAGCGAAGGGCCCCUUCAUCCAGUACUUCAUCGACUUUGGCGUCGGCUCCAUCCCGCUCGACCUCAGAAGUUACCUCACCCUAGUUACCAACCCGGCCACGUACUUCGUCCAGCUGCACUCCAACUCUGUCCCCGCCACGCCGACCAAUCCGUUCCGUGCCUGGGCCGAGGGAAACCUGCCCAGUCUAGUUCUCACAAUCCCACUGACGGAUCCCGCGGGGAGCGGGCUCGCUGGAAACGCGAGCCUGUCCUUCCAAGAUGACGCGGUGUGCCUGUACAACCUGAACCUGCCGUUCUUCGUGCCCCCGGGGACGCUGGAAGUCGACGUCAUCGACGCAGGGGAGCGAGCGCCGCUUCUGAUCUUCAACCUCAACACGGGGAACACGACGGGCGUGUGCAUUCCCGCGGCGCAGGAACAGGUGGACACUAUCACGAGCAAUCUGCAGAACUACCGCCUGAGCAUCCCCCAGCAAACGGGCCUCGUCUCGACCGCCCUCACCGGCGCCCUCGACUCGUCCGUCCACGUGGUGACCCUGUACGGUGCCACGUCAUCGACCUCGGAAGGGACGUCAUUAUCCUCGGCCCUGGGGCAGCUCAAGCUGACGUCACCCUCGCCCGCCUCGCUGUGCUACUUCGACCUCAAGCUGAGCCCGCUGGUCGCGGGGAAUGUGACGGGGAUCGCCCUUCAGGGGGGGACUCAGACCAAUCCCGGCCCCCCCCUGGUCACGUUCCUCCCCGUCUCCGGCGCAAACGUCAACACCUCCAGAGCCGGCUGCGUUGUCAACGUCAGCGCUGACGUCAUGGCGGCGUACCUGACCGGCACCCUGAGCAACGGCACGUUCUUCAACGUCUCGACCAGUAGCCACCCCAGUGGAGCGCUCCAGGGCCCGGUUCUUGCGCUCGGAGCGCUUCCGGUUCCGCUCGCGCUUCCCCCCGCGCCGGCACCCGCCACCAAACUUGCUCCCGCGUUGGCCCCCGGGGCGGCGCCCGCGUUUUCCGGUCCUCUCGCGGCGGUCGCCAACCAAUCCACGAUCGACUUCAUGGUCUACUUCACGAGCGCCAACGUCAACAAUACGAUUCCGUUCCCGGCCACGGGAAGCGUCAUCCUCUCGCUCCCUGACGUCAUCCCCCCGAGCCUGAGCCUGAGCUACCGGGAGUUCCGGCUUUACACCGGGCAGGAGCAGUCGGGGACGAUCUCCGGGGUGCAUAUUCACAAGACGGGCCCCGUGUACUACCAGCUCACCCUCGCGCUCGGUUCCGGUUCGAUUGUGGUUAACGCGAGCGACGCGCUUGCGAUGCUGGCAAACCCCGCCCCGUAUUUCGUGGAGCUCCACUCGACCACGGUUCCCACAACACCCGCCAGCCCCUUCCGCAGCUGGACACGUGGCUUCUUUCCGAAGCUGACAACUGUCGUGGUUUUGGACUCGCCGGACACGGGGGCCGCGGCCGCGACGCGGCCGCGGGCGACCGUCCAGGUCUCGUUCCACGAGACUGCGGUGUGCGCGCACAACGUUCAAUUCUCUGGGCUCGCCCCUCCGCUAACCACAGAAGUGGAUUUCAUCAACGGGACUCAGACGCUCCCCACCCUCUCGAUCACGUUCCCGGUUGGAACUACCGGGCACUGCGUGCCCCUAGGCUCGGGCCAAAUGGCCGACAUCACCGCGCACAUGGAGAACUACCGGAUUAGCAUCCCGGUCUCGGGCGGUGGUCAGCUAAGCCUGUCGGGGCGGCUGGACAAUUCCGUCCGCCAGGUGGGGCUGGCCUCGGCAGCGGAACAAGGUCCCGUCGUAAACAACGGCGGAAUUGGGUUAGUGCGCCUGGUCGCGCUAACCCCGCGGGCGCUGUGCUUCUGGCAGCUGCAGAUGAGCCCCACCAUCGCCAACGUGACCGCGAUGCACCUCCACCAGGGGGGCCCAACCGAGACCGGCGCCGUCCUGAUCCCCUUCUACCCGGUCCCCGGUACGAACCUCCCAACCAACCCCCUCUCGGGCUGCGUCACGAACGUCUCGGACGGGGCAAUUUCGCUGUACGCGGCGGACCUUCCGAGCACGUAUUUCAACGUGCACAACGUACAGUAUCCUGGCGGCGUCGUGCGCGGCCAGCUUCCGCCGUUUGGGACCGUUCCGCCCUCUCUGCCGACGCCGGAACAGAUCCGCGGCGGAGCGGCCGCGGCCGCGCCGCCGACAAGCGAGUCGUCGUCCGGCGGCGUUUCCGCCGCUCUUAUCGCCGCGAUCGCGGGCGCGGCUGCGGCCGCCCUCUUAGUGGCGGUGAUUAUCGGCGUCUGCCUGUGCCGGCGAAAAGCGCGCCGUGAUACGGCUGACCGGAACGAGCAUCUCGGAGUGUCGACCAAAACAGCAGGUCUCGCCCAGGACAACGGCUGGGCGUGGCACGGCCCCGAUUCCGGCACGAACCUCCCGCCGCCGAGCCCCUAUUCCGGCGCAACGGGCCGGAGCUCCCGCCGGAGCGGAACCCCACAGCGCUCGGACACCCACCGGCUGCCCUCCGAGCCCCUGUCGUCAUCCAACUUCUCUGAUGACGUCAGCGGGGAGACGCGGCCGCGGUACUGGCGCGACGCGGGCCCCGAGGGGCGCUCGGGAGAAGCGCGAAGCGAGCCCUCCAGCUUUGGCCGCCAGGUGGCGGCCAUCCGGUCGCAGGCGACGGACAGCCCCGGCAGCCUGAAGCGGCUGUCCGAGAGCCGCAGCAGCGCAGACACGUCCGUCCAAUUCUCCCUGGAGGAUGACAUCGCGUCCCUCGUCAAGCUCAGCUUCAAGGACGUGCUGGAGAUGACCAACAGCUUCCAGGCCGAGGACGUGAUCGGCGAGGGCGGCUUCGGCGUGGUGUACCGCGGCGCGCUCCCGGACGGAUCCGUCGUGGCCGUCAAGCGCGCGUGCCGCGAGGCUAUGCGCUCCUCGCGCGAGUUCCGCACCGAGGUCAAGCUGCUCAGCCGGCUGCACCACCAGUGCUUAGAGGCGCACAUGGACAGGACCUGCGACGACUCCGUCGGUGUCCGCACCGAGGUCAAGCUGCUCAGCCGGCUGCACCACCAGAACCUGGUGCAGCUGGUCGCCUUCUGCAUGGAGGCGACGGAGCAGAUCCUGGUGUACAAGUACCUGCCCAACGGCAGCCUCCGCAGCUGGCUGCAGCAAGGGGGCGCCAACAAGCACCGGACGAGGCUCUCGUUCAUGGCCCGCCUCCAGAUCGCGCUCGGCACUGCGAAUGGGCUCAACUAUCUGCACACAGGCGCCUCCCCGCGCGUGAUCCACCGCGACGUGAAGAGCGGCAACAUUCUGCUGGACGACGACUUCACGGCGAAGGUCUCCGACUUCGGCCUCGGCUGCAUCGCCUCCCUCAACGAGUCCCGCGGCUACCAGUCCAACGUCGUGUGCGGGACCCCCGGAUACGUGGAUCCGGAGUACUACGAAACUGCGCGGGUCACCGACAAGAGCGACGUGUACGCAUACGGUGUCGUCCUUCUGGAGCUGCUGACGGGUCGGAGCGCCGUCCCCAAGCAGGGGGCCGCCCAGCACAAGAACCUGGCGCGAGAGAUGCGCCCCGUCCUCAACGAUCCACCCGCCCUGCAAACCUUCCUCGAGCCGGUGGUCGCGGAGCAAGCGUCUCCGUUGUCGAUCGCCGCCCUCGCGUCGGUGGCCGCACGAUGCCUGGCGGUCACGGGCAUCGAACGGCCCACGAUGGCCGAGGUCGCAUUCGAAGUACAGAGCGUGCUUCGCCUGGAAGAAGCGCACCGAAUGGAGACCGGCGCGCCCCCCGACUCUCCUGAGUCUGUGGCCAAUCAUACUACCGAGCGCGGGGGUGUUUUGGUGCAUUCCAUGGUGCAGGGGCGAUAAGAAGCUACUGUACGCGUUGUGUGGCAAAAUUAAACCACUGGAAGCUUGAUAGUACGACAAGUUGCGCACGGACAUGGAUGGUGCCUUUUAGGCACCGGUUUGUCCGGGGGGAAGGUUUGUGAUGGGGUUAUUCGGACCUAAGGUUGGGUUUGUGUAGGGUCAACGGCUUUUGCGCUUUCCAAUACGGAAGUGACACACGGGCUUAAUGAUUCCGAGGUGGGCGAUCGAGGGGGAAGGCUUGGUGAUGUUCUGACCUUCAAACAGAAGUGGGUGAAUCUCGAGUGCAGAGGAGCGGGAAAGAUCGACUGCCGUCUGCAAUCCUACUAAGAUUCAGCCAUCAUAGCG